AUGCCAACCCUCAAGCGCCAUCGCGACGAGACGAGCGACGAAGGUGCCAGGAAGAAGCUGAAAGCCGAACAAGUCGAUCAAACUCCCACAAUCCUGCCGAUCAUGGAUCUGACGACUGAGGAAACGCCCGCCGCCCCAUCACAAGAGCGACAAACGCUCGAGAUACUACGGAACGACUUUGACGACCUGCGCCAACUCGUCACCUGCAAAAUCUGCGAACGCCUAUUGUACGAGCCCUACGUCAUCUCGUGCGGCCACACGUAUUGCUACAGCUGCCUAUGCCAAUGGUUCACCACCAGCAAGAAGAAGACAUGUCCCAACUGCCGCGAAGUCAUCACCCGUCCGCCCGCUCCGUCCUAUGUCAUCAAGGAAAUGACAAACGUCUUUAUGCGCCGCCAUGACCUCCUCCCCGACGGCGAGACCAUCGAACAACACGAGCAAUGGAAGUUUGAAGAGGCCGACAUCGUGCGCAGAGACAAGAGCGACGACCACCCACGCACCGGCGGCCUUUUCAAAGGCUUCUUCCGUCCGCGCCGUGCCAAGGUCCUGCCCAUCCACGACCCCGACGACCACGUCGACAGAUGUCCCGAAUGUCAUCACGAGGUUGAAGAUGGUCGUUGUGAAAAUUGCGGAAUCUACAUGGACAGCUGGAGCGAUACCGACACCGACGUCAGUCUCUCCAGCAUGUCAAACUCUUUGGACGUAGAGGACAUACCCGACGACUUUGAAGACGAAGACCAUGACGCUAGUGCCGUCUUUGGUGAAUUCGACAUUGACUUUGACCCCGAGGCUGCUCAGUGGAUGCAAGAGGACCAAGUGAGACAACUCAUGGCCCACGGCCGUCAUUGGAGACCGGGCCGUUUACCAAAUGGUGCUCGAGUUGAGCAAAAUGCAACAGGCACCCGUCUCAUCUUUGGCGCAAGAGACGAAGAGAUGGGCGAUAACUUGGACGAGCUAAGUGAUGAGGAGGACGACGAUGAAGAUGACGAGACUGGUUCCCUCGACGAGUUCCUGGAUGAUAGAGACAUCAACGACAUAACCGCCCACACCAUCAGCUCGCAGACCGCCGCAGAUAACACGCCAGCCAGACACCGAAGCCGUCAUCGUCGUGUCAUAGACUCCUCGGAUGGUGCUGAAGCCAUCGCUACAGAUUCCGACAGCUCGCGUUCGGACUCGGACUCUGAUGGCGUGCGUCACAACCCACAGUUUCGUCGUCCCAGAGCCUCUAUUUCACUUAUCUCGGAUGAUGAAGACGAGCCAGUCGAGGGAGAUUCUCGACAGUCUAUCAACAUCGGGGAUGAAGAUGAACAAUCCGAUGAUGACGAAGAAGAGAGAAUGGUCCCGAGACCUCGCAGACAGGUCAUAGACGAUGAUGACGACAGUGACGACGAACCCAGAGUAAUCUCAUCACGUUACCGAGGACCUGCGGCUCGCAGAUCAGGUCGACCAAUACUGGCACGUAGACAGCAGCGACCAAUCCCUAUCAUCGACAGUGAUGACGAAAGCGACGACUCCUCUGCAACAGAAGAAAUGUUCACGCGCACCACCGAUCCAAUCUCGAACAACCGCAACGGCAUGGGAAGAAAUGGACCCAGACCGACAACUGCGGCGUCACUCUCAUCAGACUCUGACAGUUCAGAAGAUGAAGAUAUCGAGCCUGACGAUUACAGCAUCGAUGGUCAUGAUGCCAACGACAUGGAUGAUGUAGUGCAAGGAGUGCAAGGAGCAGACUUUUCACCCAUGCAGAGUGAAGAUGAAGAUGAAGGAAAUCAACAGGCCAUGAACUAUUUCAACGUCUAUGGCGAUGGAGACGAUGGUAGUGAUGUUGAUGACGAGGAUGACGAUGUGUACUAG